AUGUCCUUUUUCCUCGUCCGAAAAGCCAGGUCUAACCGAGUGCUGCCUCCCGAUCUCAAAACCUGGCGGGGUCCCUCCGGUGAAGAAAGGGAUCGCAAAUUCAUGGAAGCAAUUUGGAAGGAUCUCAGCGGCUUCCUCGCGGAGCGUGGAUAUACCCUAUGGGAGUAUGAGUAUCUGUUUUUAACGACGGCACCUAGUAGAGCCGGAGUGGUUCCCAACGGGUACAUGUAUUCGAGUCCUCUUCGUGCUUUCACAGACGACCCCAGAAGCAUUACAGAACUCCUUGUCUACCAACGUUCAAGGGGGAAAUACAGUCUUAUGAGUUCCAACCACAUGUUGCCUUUGCUUGGCUUGAUGGACUUGGGGGACAUCACAUUCGGCGUCUUCCCCAAGGUCGCAUGCUCCUGUCUAGAUGCCUGCAACAGUUUUGCUGAAGCGUCUGUGGGUGAUAUUUUGGACAUGCUUGCGCAGUGUUUAGAGGGCCUCGUCUUCUUGCAUCACUUCGGCAUCGCUCACAGGGAUGCAUUCAAGGAUAACUUCUUGAUCCAAUGGAUCCCGGAGUCCCUACGCUUCGAAUAUGACACGCCUCCCUCUCGACCUCGUGUCUACGUGAAUGACUUCGAAAUUGCCAUCCACUUCACUAAGGAUGUUCCACAAGAGAAGCGUGUAUGCAUAGGACGACCAUCUGGCGGAUCGCUCCCAGGGCCUAGUGGGCGUCCCAUGCCGCCUGAAGUGGACUCAGGCAGGCCGUAUGAUCCGUUCAAGCUGGACGUAUGGCAACUCGGAACGAGUUUCAAUGACUUCAAGAGUACAAUCCCGGAAAUCGAUGCUGAAUUGACGUCGAUGGUGGACCCAGAUCCCACCACGCGACCUACUGCAUACCAGGCAAUGAAAACUCUCCUCAACGUGGUUGCCUCCAUACCGCCUAAAGAUCUUGUCUUUCCUCCGGAACUAGUGCCGGACAGACGACGGCCCGCGGCCGUAUUUGGUUCCCAAUGA